GGUCUGUUGAAGUUCUGCACCGUUGGGUUCUGUGGAAUUGGAACUCUGAUUGACUUCAUAUUGAUCACCAUGCAGGUGAGUCCUCACCUGCUCAGGUACGAACACAGCAGACAUGGUGCUGCAGGAAAUGGGUUCACAUAGAAAACAAGCAAAUGCUGCAGCAGCUCUGCUCUGCCUGCAGGUGGCGCUGUGACUGAAAUCCAGCAGAAUCUGGUAACAAGGGUCAGAGCAUGAAGAGCCGGGUUCAACAACAAGAAUCCGCCCUCGAGGCAUAGGUCAGGGGGCGGGGCUAUGACAUCAUCAUGUAGUUAGUCAAAUUUUUCAUCUGAUCUGACUUCCGGUCAUUACAUCAGCCAGUUGUGAUGAGGAGUUUUAGGUGUCCAUGGCAACAGAUGCUCACAUUUAAAUGCCCUGUUGAGGGGCAAUGUAGAGAGUCAGUAACUCGAUAGCUGGGUCUAAUGUUAGCAUCUCGUUAGCUGGGUCUAAUGUUAGCAUGUCGUUAGCUGGGUCUAAUGU